CGGAAGUAAGUGGGACACGGGACUUCAGUACGACACUGCAACGAUACGGAGGGAGUUUUGACUUGCCACAUGCUGGCAGCUUGAAAUUUGUCUGUGAAACCUGAAAAUGGAAGCUCACCCAGACAUUCAAACAACCCAGAAGGGGUUUCGUUGCACUUUAUGCGAUGUCAAUUUGCCAAACGGACCGACGGUAGACGCUCAUGUGAAGGGGCGGAAGCAUCAGAACCUCUUCCGACUCCGUGCGACGCGAAAAGAGCAAGUGCAAAACAGCGUGUUUGUGAGCGGCAUCAAACCCAACACCUUGUCGACGCAUCUCAUCAACUACUUCCAACAGUUCGGACCAGUAGAGGAUGUCAUCAUGGACAAGGAGAAGGGCUCGUACGCCAUCGUGGAGUUCGAGGAGCAGGCGAGUGUGUCGGCGGUGCUGCAGCGGUCGGAGCACGUGAUGAACGGCCUCAAGCUGCGCAUCAAGCAGCGCGAGAGCAAGGAGUUCAAGGUGGUGCUGAAGAGGAAGCAGGACGCCAAGAACGCACACGUCAACCUGGACGCUCUCAGCCAGGAGCUGUGCCGCGCCGCGUCGGUAAAUGAACAGAUGCUGAGAGUUGUGGAGAGUUUCCAGCUGAACGAGAACGAGCGGAACGGCCGCGAGCUCCUGGUCAAGCUGCUGCAGGAGGUCUUCACGGAGUUCCUCCCAGACUGUGAGAUCCACCCGUUCGGCUCCACCGUCAACACGUUCGGGGUUCACUCCUGUGACAUGGACCUGUUCCUGGACCUGGAGAAGACUAGGAGCUUCCAGGCCCGGUCCAAGACCUCUUCAGAACAGCCAGGCGAGGGCCAGUCGGAGGACGCUCGCUCCGAAGACUCCAUCCUGUCGGACAUCGACCUGAGCACGGCGACGGCUGCGGAGGUGCUGGAGCUGGUGGCGGCCGUCCUGCGCAAGUGCGUCCCCGGCGUCCACAAGGUGCAGCCGCUGCCCACCGCCAGGCUGCCCGUCGUCAAGUUCAGCCACCGCAACCUCAACCUGCACGGGGACAUCACCAUCAAGAACAGGCUGGCGCUGCGGAACACGCGCUUCCUGCAGCUGUGCUCAGAGCUGGACUCCAGGCUGCGGCCGCUCGUCUUCACCGUCCGCUUCUGGGCCAAGCAGAAGCAGCUGGCCGGUAAUCCGUUUGGUGGCGGGCCGCUGCUGAAUAAUUACGCCCUGACGCUGAUGGUCAUGUUCUUCCUGCAGAACAGAAGCCCUCCGGUCCUGCCCUCCGUGGACCAGCUCAAGAACAUGGCCUGUGAAGAAGAAGAAUGUGUGAUUGAAGGCUGGGACUGCACCUUUCCCAGUCAGGCGAUUGCCGUCCCCCCCAGUAAGAACACAGAGGACCUCUGUACUCUGCUGGCUGCCUUCUUCUCCUUCUACGCUACGUUUGAUUUCUCGGCGUCGGUGUUGUCCGUGCGCGAGGCUCGCCCCGUGCCCAUCACCAGCUUCCUGCCCCCCGCGGCCCCCCAGAGCGACGGUGCCCGCGCCCCCAAACCCCCCGCGGGCCCCCGGCUGGGCCACAUGACGGUGCUGGACCCGUUCGAGCUGCGCCACAACGUGGCGGGCAACCUGAGCGAGCGCACGCUCAAGAGCUUCCAGCGCGAGUGCGCCGACGCCGAGAAGUACUGCCGCAGCCUGCAGUACCAGCGCAAGAGUGCCAAGGGCAAGUCCUGGGGCCUGGUGCGCCUCUUCGCCCCGCGCUGCCCCACCGUGCCCGGGGCCGGGGGCAAACCGGGCGAGGGCAAGGAGCGGCGUCUGGAGCUCAGCGUGCCCUUCCGGCUGGCCGCUCUGCCCGACGCGGUGCAGCGGCAGCUGGGCACGGCGGGCGAGCGCUUCAGGGAGCAGUGGUUCGCCAUGGUGCGGGUCGCCCUGGAGAGGGUGUUCCAGGAAGUGCUCGGCUGUAGCCCCGCCCAGGAGGAGGAGUUCGAAGGGCAAAUGGACACGUCCGCCUCGUCCGACACCGUCGCCAUGGACACGGCCAAGGCGGAGGAGGCGAGUCGUGGUGGUGACCAGAGCGAGGCUGCGGCGGCCGCUCCCUCCUGCUCGUCCGCCGACGCGUCCUUCGACAGCGUCACCUCUCCGCAGGCUGGACAGAAGCGGGCGUUCACGUCGGUCGAGACCUCCCCCGCGUCGCCGCAGGAGAAGAGGCGGAGACUGUGCCCGGCGGAGGAGGAGGAGGAGGAGGGCGCAGAUGGGGCGCCCUCGGCCUCCUGGUGCUGGGUGCAGCGCCACCCCGUGUGGGCCGGCCGGCGCAAGGUGCGCCGAGACCUCCUGAAGGCCCGCGGUGACAGUGACGCCGGCGCCUGCCAGCCAGAAGGGGGCGGUGUGGCCAUGGAGCUGCUAGUGACGCGCCACAUCACAGCCAAGCAGCCGGACCCCCACGACCUGGUGGCGUUCAAGGUGGGCGCAGACGUGGUGGGAGGAAGUGAGAACACCAGGGCGGUGCUGAGGUUCACGCCCCUCUGCGAUCACAAGGGACACUUCCAGGACUUCUUCCACUUCCUGGAGAUCUUCCUGCCCAAGACCACCGAGGCCUUCCUUGGGAAGUAGGAAGGAGCGUUAACGCAGUACAUUUUGUUUUGUGAGAGUAAUAAUCUAUUUUAUUAGAAUGCUUGUGUUUUUCCUAUCAAAUACUGAACUGUGCUGAUGAUGUGUGUGUAUAUAUAGACUCGGGUUUCCUAAUGUUAAAUAUUUUAUUUUUUUAUGAAUGUUGCUUGUGUUUUUUUGCUUUGUUUUUUUUCCAUCAGCAACUGUCAUUUCUUUCUGAUUCUGUAGAAUCUGAUGUAGCCGUUUAUCUGAGUUUAGCCGUUUAUCUGAUGUGGAGUUUAGGCCUACUAUUCCCUGAGACAUGGUUAUCAUCUUUGUUUUGUUGAUUUGUUUUGAAUGUUUAACGGUUAUGAUCAGGCCCUCCCGGAUCGGUGUAUUCUGGACAAUAAUCCGACUUGAGGACUGCCGGGUUGUCGUCGGCCAGAUCGUAUCCCAACCUGACCCAGAGUACGCUGCUGAGUUGGGCUUUUCUGACCCAGAGUACGCUGCUGAGUUGGGCUUUUCUGACCCAGAGUACGCUGCUGAGUUGGGCUUUUCUGACCCAGAGUACGCUGCUGAGUUGGGCUUUUCUGAGCCAGAGUACGCUGCUGAGUUGGGCUUUUGAGUUCCAUGUACAGUAAGGGAUAAAGGGGAGCUCUGCCAUGUGUGUAAAGUGUGUCUUUGAAAUCUGUGCACAGUGUGCAGGCAUUAAACCUGUUGAUCACCCAC